CCCAAACCAAAGCAUACAUCACAAUAAGUAUAUAUUGACCAAUCCAAUAUAUAUACUUUUAAUAGAGUUAGGCAGAUUUAUUAUAGAAUACGUGUCCAUACUACUUCUAAACUCAAUAUCUGAGGGAAAGAGUGAGAGAGAGAGAGAGAGAUGGAAAAAGAAACCCACAAACAAACAAACUGAAUCAAUAACCACUUAUGGCUAUUGGUUUAUUGUUACUAACGUAAAACUGGAGAAUAUAAAAAUGGAUACAUACAUAUACAUACAUACAUACAAAAUAUUGAUCGGGAAUAUAUAUUAUGUCUAAAUCAGAAUAGUUCAAUGUACAAUAUACAAAUUGAAUGAUGGAUAAAGAGAAUACUUUCUUUUCAUUUAUACCAAUGAAUUGGAAAUUUAAUGAUAAUAACUUAUUACGUAAACGUAAAGAAUUAAUACAUGAGCUAAAAUUGAAUGUUAAAACAUUAAUGGAAUAUGCUUCAGUUUGUCGUUCAAUUCCUGAAGAUAGUACACAUGUAAUCAGUUUUUGUACAUUAGUUCAUGAAUGCCUUCGUAUCGGUUUGAAAACAUCACCAUUUUCAUUUUAUCAAAAUAUAUCAACUUAUUCAUUAUUACAUAAAAUUUCAAAUCAAUGUGAAACAUCAUUGAAAAUAAUCAAUAAAUUUGAAAACCGUUUCAAUGAAAUAGAAAAUUCACAUAGCAACAAUUCAGAAAAGUCUAAUCAUCAUCACCACCACCCCCACCACCAGAACCAGCAACAACAACAAUCAAAUUUUCAAAAAAUUUUUCAUUAUUCAGAAAAUAAUAAAAAUAAGAUUGAUAAAGAAAAUGAAAAGAAAUUUUAUUCAAAAUUAAGAUUUAAUAAUAACAGUUCAAACAUUGAAUGGAUUCAUUUUGCUCUUGUAGAGAAACUACUUGAAACCAUUGUACAACAUAUCUGUUCAAGAGCAAAAGAAUUUUAUAGUUCUGAUAGCAUUAUGGCUAAUAAAUGUGAUGUCAAUGUAUUUUUAUCUUUGAUCAGAGGUCCAUGUGCAAUCAACUAUUCAUCAACUAUUCAUGAAGAUUCAUAUUGGUUAAAUUUACAUGCAAAUGAACUCAUUGAAAGGCAACGAUUCACUUCAAUUACAAAUCAAAAUCAAACUGUUUAUAGCCCAUUAAACGUAUCACAGAAGAUAAAAUCACCUAUAGUUUACCCGGAAAAUUUGAAUUUUAUUGAAAAUAAAAAAAUUGAUAAAACUAUAAAAAGAAGAAUAAGAAAUCCAUCUACAUUAUCAGAUUCAUCAUUGACAGAUAAUAAUGUAGAUAGUUUAUAUCAAACAAGAAAAAGUACAUUACUUUAUGGAAAGAAUAAUGUUAUGUUAGGAGAUGAUCAAAAUUCUCUUGGUUAUUUUGAAUUAAUCAGUUCUACAAACGAUUUAUUACUUAAAUGGACAUCGAAUGAUUUAUUAUUACAAGCUUCAUAUGGUAACGUUUAUCAUUGUCAUGACAACGAUAAUAAUAAUGAAUAUAAUAUUGAUCAAAAGAUGUCAAAUGAUUCAAUGUAUGAAUCAAAUAAUUCCGAAGUUCCCGACCAAUACUUAAAUUCACAAAGUUCACAACUAAUGAAAAACAACAAAAGAGUUGAUUAUGGUUUCCAUUUGGGUAUCUUGUCAGUAUCAAUGAAGAAGAUUGAAUAUGUCCAUCUACAUCAAGAUGCAUCAUCUGAAUAUUGUAUCAUUUUAAUUGGUUUUGAUGGAAUACCACAUCCACCAAUACGAUUACAUGGUGGAUUCAAUGCUGUUUAUAAUUUUCUAAUAUGUUUGGAUCAAGGUUUACAACCUAAUGCCUGUUUAAAUCCAUCAACUACUGAACUAGAUAAAGUCAUUGAAAAGGAUCAAGUAAAAGGAACAAGAUCAAAUGAAAAUCAAAAAAUCAAAUCAAAAUUUUGGAAUUUAAUUGAUUUUCGAAGCAAAACAAAUGAUACUAAAAACGAUGAUGAUCAUGAUGGGGAUAUCAGUGAUCAUGAUGAUGUGAAUAACAAGAAUGGAACCAAUUCAAUUCAAUCAUUAAAUAAUGAAAUUAAUGAUAAAAAGAGUAAACUGACAGAAUCAUUAGUGAUUUAUAAUGAAAGAUUCAAAAAUAUCGGAACUAAAGGUGUUAUAUUUAAAGUUAUGCAUUUUGAAAUCCCAACUAACCAACAGUCUAACGUUUUCAUAGAACAAGAUAGUAAACACGUACAAGUAAAUUCAUCCACGGAACCUACCGAUGAUAAUGAAUUAAGACAAACUGAUACCAUUGAUAAUCAAAAUAAUCCGAUUUCUCAGGAAGAAGCAUCAAUAAACCCAAUGAAUAUCAUUGUAACAAUCAAAUUACAAUUAGUUUUGAGAACUUUCAAAGCUUGUAGGUUGAUUUUUAAUGGAAUUAUUUAUUCAUUAUGCAGAAAGUUCAGUGUAACUGUAGAAAGCAAGAUUUUUUAUUUACUAUUGUGGUGUAUGCUACUAAUGUCGAUAGAUAUAAGUAGUAGAGAUCAUCAAUCGAAUGCGAAAUACCUGUUAGCAGAAGGUUGAGAAAGUUGAAGAAAAGAGAAUGAUUGGUUUAGAAUGGAAAGAACAAUGGAGUGUGAGAUGAUUGAUUAACAUUUUGCAAACUCCACCUGCAGCUCCUCCGAGGGCUACUGCCGGUCUAUGAGCCCGGAUAAAGGAGGAGAGUUUGGCAUGGGGUUAGCGAACCCAUCCCGUACAAAACUAACUCGCUAAAAAGACGCUAACCAGAAAAAAUUACUCAAACCAUUUAAACUCUACCCUGGGAGUUGAAGGAAGAAUUAUGACGCCUCAUGAUGAAAGCCGAGAUUCUUCGGAGGUUACGAGGUUGAUGCCCGUUCUAACAAUUCGAGCAAAAAUUUUCAUAAGUACAUGGAACGUCUGGACAAUGUGGGAGAUCGGAAGAGUCUUCUAAAUUGCUGCUGUAUUUACUGUAUGGAUCUCAGAUUUUACCAUGAAGUUCUUUAAUGUUUUCAUCAUACCGAAGUAUGGGGUAAAGCGUUUGUUUUAGUGAAAACUAUCUCUUUUUUUCUGUUACAGUGUGUAGUUUGAUUUAUCUUGUUAUAAAUUCUCUUUUUUUUAACAAAACUUCCUUAAUUUUUGGUUACAAAAUUUUUUGAUGGAUCGAUUUUUUCUAGUUCUCCCAAGUAAACUGUUCUUGAAGUAUUUCAAUUCAUUCAAAGUUUUUGUGUUUAAAUACAAAUCAUAUGUCUUGUCAGGUAAGAGAAACUUACCUAAUUACGCCUGUCACUCCUCGUGGAGGAGCAUAAGCAACCCAUCAGCACUGUCCAUGCAACCCUGUCCUAGGCAAUCCUUUCCAGUUGUUAUUGAUCCUCUUCAUAUCUGUUUCCGAUUUCCGACGCAGUAUUCUCUCUGACCUUCCUCUUUUUCGUUUCGCUUCAGGAUUUCAAGUUAGGGCUUUCUUGUAAUGCAGUUUUGUGAUUUCGGUAAUUUAUGUCCUACCCAAUUCCUACAUCAGUGCUCACCUACAACCCCGCAUGCAGUAAUCAAACCCGAAAUCUUUGGUCUCACACUCUAACGCUUAGUGUUCAUACUAAAGAGUCAUCAUCCAAUGGUGUUGAUGUCUAACCUCAAUCAAUUUAAAACAUUGUGUGAUCAAUCUUUCAGCUACAGAAACAAUAAGUAGUUUUCAAAUAUUAAAUUAGGAGUACUUCAACCAUGGAUCUUUCGGCUGAGAAAUUCAGAGUUCAACUUAUUCAAAGUAGUUAAAACUCAUCAACAAAAGUUGGAGAACGGUCAGAACAAACAACUACUUAACAUAGUAUUACUCAAAUAGAGCAAGAUCGGUGAGAUUACAAUUUAUGGACGAGCCAAUCGGAAGCGUUCGAGGGAUUUCAAGGUCACGGUGCCGAUUUCAGUACCUGGUGCUCAUGUACGAUCGGUUCACAGAGAAUUAUAGAGAAGACUUGACUUGACUACUAAGAAGUUCCUGUACUUAUAAUUGUGGAUAUUAAAUGACUUGUAGACCUUGUACAGACUACCGUGAUGUUAUUCUUCGAUGUAAUAUAUGUUGAAGGAAGACGUUUGCUAGAAUAGGAACCUUUAUCGCUUGAUUCAGAUUGAGACUAAGGCAUAUUAUAAUAAUUUCCGCGAACUGUAUAAUAAAGGCACCUGUAACAUUGGCUGCAAUAAUCGCAGAUGUUACUGA